AUGGCUCGAUGCCCUUUUUGCCACUAUAUCGCGAAGCAGAAGCGCAACCUCGACGCCCACAAGGCCACUCACCACUUGACAGUAGACCAAUAUAGUACCGGAGAGAAACCACACGUUUGCCCAACCUUACAAUGUGGACGUGCUUUUGGUGACCCUUCUGCCCUCAUUCGCCAUCGUAAGGCCAUUCAUAAAUACGAGGCCAAACCUCGUCGGAGAAAUCUGUCGGGUCAUGGGUUCCCGCCGUAUAUGCGGCACGCGACGACCUCUCAGCUGGAGGAAGACCUAUCGUCCCUACGCCCAGAUUUGGGCAGUCAAACGUGUAGUCCAUCUACGUCGACAACAUCACUGUCGAAUACUUCGGACUUCCAGUUUCUCCAACAACCACUCCUUGGCGAUCAGCCAGGAUUAAUUUCAACGAACCAACUAUUUCCGGAGACAUUGUACACUUUCUCAGCUACAUCAGUUUCCCCUCAUGACCACUCGCUUUCUGCUUCUGAUUUUUCUACCUUUGCAGCGGGUGGCGCAAGCAAUCUCCUGUACGAUAGCCGCAGUUGUGACGGCGAUCCAUCUCAUCAGCCUUUACCACAAGGCCCAUUUGGUUCUUUCUCGACUCACUCAUCCACUGCGUACCCACCUCUUCAGAGCAAUGGGUAUCAAGGAGAUGCUGUCGCGGAUUACUUCGAUAACAUGCAAGCACGUGGUGCAUUUGAGUGCAGCACCGAGAUUAAUAACUACUCCCGGAAUAGCUUCGAAGACACUUAUUGGGGACCUAGUCAGGGUCAUCAACAUUGUCAUUUCUCGGAGCAUACUUGGCCCACCAUUCUCCCGGAAAUCCUUACUAGACUGCGCAAACCCAAAAUCAAAGUUUGCUAUCGAGCUGUGGCUGCGCUGCCGCUUACCGACAAAGUUAACUUGCAGGUCUACGUCGAUGAAGUAGGCGUAGACGACUGCGAUAUCAAGUUCUUCAUGGCAGAGGCAAUGCACAACCAUCGUGACAUGCUAUCGCUUAUCCGCCGAGAAUUGGAUGCACCACAACAUGAUGUCUCUGAAAAAGGCGAGAAUGAACCAGAUGAUCGUUCGAGAUGCUGUAACACUGGAACUUCCAAGAGCCUGAUCAUCACGGACGGACCAAGGGGCGGGGUACGCGUGAAAGUAGAGGAAUGGAUCAGACGGAGAAAGUUAACGCGGGGCCCCAAAACAACGGGGCCUCGUGCAUCUACAUCAUUUUUAUCUACCUUCUCGCGUUCGAGUCCCUGGAUCGGCCCAUUCUGCAAAGAGGUGUCCAACGAAGGGGUCGAGACUAUUCGGUUUUCCGUUUUCGUCGCGACCAACUCUUUCCCGCGAACCAUCGAGUUCGCGUAUGCUACUUCUCGUGGAAGGCACAGGAGCAAAAUAGGUGUAGAUCAGGAACCAAAUCUUCAUCCGAGGUUCAAAGGCCUAGAGAUGCUGUAUAAGAGACUCAGGCUGAUGCGAGAGGUGCCAGUCCUGUCAGUGGCGAUCCUCGAGGACAUUAUUCUCGCCGGCACGAUGAAGUAUAUGGAGUUCCGAGUCGAGCGGUUCGAGCAUUGGCGAGCGUUACAAAGCCCUUUCACAAGUGUAGGCAUCGCCGUGAAACCGCCGUUGUUCACGCGUCUGCCUACAAUGGUCGCUAACCCUCCAAAACAACCUCGAGGAGACUAA